UUCUGUGGGCCGUCGUGGGGAAAAGUAGGAAACACUCUUGCCGUACCCGGGGUGUCGAAAGCUUGCCUAGCUGAGGAUCACGAUUCGGUUUGCUUCGAAUAUUUUGCACUUACCAACAACAGUUUGUGAAAGUGAACAUUUGCCGCAGUUUUCAAACGAGAGGAACGAUGUGACGUGCUUUGACUGUGCUCUUAAGUGAAAGUGUUCAAAAGAAACGAACAUUCUGUGAUAUUAAUGUAUUCUCUUGUGUUUUGAGGAACGACGCCUUCGGUUGAGAUUAUUAAAAAUGAUGAUAGCAACAUGUUGACUGUAUAAAAUUCUAGUGAAAACAGUGAUCGUCCUGGAUUUGAAUUCUAUACAGGUUGAUAUUUUUGUGGAGAUCAUUUUACGAACAUGAGCAUAAAAAUCUUUAUCGUUGUCCUACUGCUCUCCCUGGUCAAGGCAGCAUCCAAGUAUUAUGACGGCCCGAUUCGACCGUACGAGUUUGGCUUCAACAUCGAAGGUCACCAGCAUCGGAAAGAAUCGAAAGAUAAAAAUGGCAUCGUUAUGGGCGAGUUCGGAUUCAUUACCGCUGAUAAUGUGUACCACGUGACUGUUUAUGCUACCGAUGAGAAUGGAAAUUUUAAGAUUAUCAGCAUGAAAAACUACAAACUGGGCCCCACAAGUCCUCCGACAGCCGGCUUCCCGAGAACGGCGAUUACAGCUACAACGACAACGUCGACCACUCCACAGCCCUUCAGGAUAAUAACCACUGCCAGGUCGUUUACCACUCCUAAACCAUCCGACAUCGUUGCCUGUGGAGGUUGUAAAAUACCACAACCACCGCCCACGACUUCGCGAGUCACCACAGAUGAUACACUGCCUGAAACUAGUACAGCAAUUGCUCCUCCGUUCAAGAUUGUAAACAAAAAUGACAUUGAAAGUAUUACUACGACCACCGCACCUAAAUCGUUUGUGACAUCUGCAGACACUAGUAACACACCGAGAUCAGAUCCAGAAGAAACUCCACAAAAGCUCGUCGAGAAACAGUUUAAUGAUCAAAAUACUAGCUCGAAAGAGUCGACUAACCAGUCUAAAUCUCCUGACGGUAUGCAAACAAAUAGCAAUUCUCCUACCUCCCAGUCAAAAUCACAAUCCCAACAGUCGGCACCCAACGCAAUCGACAACGGUGACGGUGACAAACAGUCGUCGUUUAAGUCGACUCCAUCCAACAAACAAUCAUCACCGUCUGCACCACCGAAAAGCUCGCCGGCGUCAAAGCUCGACACCGCCAACAUGAUGAUUCAACACAUUCUGAAUGGGCUGCUGUACCGGUUUAACUACACCGUCGGUUUCCAUGGGCACCACGAGCAGGGUGACCGACAGGGUAACAAGGAAGGCGGCUACUACACGAUCGGCCGAGACGGUAUUCGGCGCGGUGUAACGUACACGGCGAAUGAGUUUGGAUUCCAGCCGCACAUCAAGUUCGAAAAAGUUAGUCCCGAGGAAACGCCCCGGGAGGAAACCGAAAAGCAGGCCGGACUUAAGGGAUUCGAAUUCCAGUGGUACUGGGGGAAGUCGUGAGGAGUGAAGCGAGACGUCUAGAGGCAUAGUGAAUGUGGUUACUCAUGUAGGAUCCUAAGGUGUACAUUUGCAGGCACAAUACUCAACAUUUUUCGACUUGUAAAUAAGUAUUUAUAGAGCAGUGCGUUCGA